UUAGAAGAAAGUAUAUUCUUUAGGAGCUAUCAUUUUUCUUGUAAUUUUGCAAAUUGGAAUGGAAGCUACAAACUUAACAACAAAGAGCCAAGGGUUGGGUUGAGAACAGGGUGCUCAGAAACACACACCUCUUCUAUUAUCAAUUUCCGUUAGGGUUUGGUCUCUUCCAUCUUCCGAACCACUGCGAUCGGAGGGAACACACGCCACUACAAUAUCAAUUGUGUCGCGCAGAAGCUUUAUUCGUAGUCAAUUCCCACCGCCGGCCGCCCAUUACGAUUGGGAUACUGUUACGGAACUAGGGUUUAAGGAAGCUUUUGUUUUGAAUUUGCUGGAGCAUAUGAGAGAUUACGAUUAUAGUUUGACUGAGUGAUUGUUAGAAGAAUAUUAUUGGGCAAAAUGACGAUACCGAAACGAAGCUAUUCCCGAAUUGACACAUUGGAGCUGAAAGCUCUAAUUGUUAGGAAGGUUGGUCAUCAGAGAGCUGACAAGUACUUUGAUCAGCUUCGAAGAUUAUUGAGUUCAAAGAUAAGCAAGUCAGAGUUUGACAAAAUCUGCAUCGUGAUAAUUGGGAGGGAAAAUAUCCCUCUUCACAAUCGACUAAUUAGAGCAAUUUUGAAGAAUGCGUGUCUGGCUAAAGUCCCACCAGUGAGAGGCUCUGCAAAAGCAGGGAGUGCUUUUAGUGUAAAAGAUUCAAAUGGGCUGCAGAGGAGUUCUAUCCAAACGUUGUAUGGGGAUGCGUUUCCUCCUUCGUUGCGGAGGAUUGGCCCUUCAGCUGCUCGAGACCGAAGGUCCAAGGGCCGCCCAAAUGUUUUGGGGCCCUUGGGAAAACCCCAAUUUGGUCUUGCGUCUGAUGAAUUUAUAUGUAAAACACUGGAGCAGCAGAGUGCGACAGAACUGAAUUCCCUUGGCAGUAGACCUCCAAUUUCCGUUGAAGAAGGAGAGGAGGUUGAACAGAUGGCUGGAAGCCCCAGCGUUCAAAGUAGAAGCCCUGUUACGGCUCCUCUUGGUAUAUCGAUGAAUUUUGUUCGUGGUGGAAGACGUCAUUCUAAUGUUUCAUUAUGUAGCAAGGGUUAUCCAGAGACCUGUCACACCAAUGGAGAUCUCCCUGACACUAGAUCUUUGAGGAGUCGUCUGGAGCAAAAGUUGGAGAAGGAGGGUUUGACCGCGACAGUAGAUUGUGUAAAUCUAUUGAAUAAUGCACUGGAUUCAUACCUGAAGAGGUUGAUUGAAUCCUUUAUGGAUUUAGCUGGGUCAAGACGUGGAAAUGAGCACCUAAGACAGCAAAACAGGCAGAUGGCGACCGGUUCAAAUUUGGUACCUGGAAGAUGCAUGCAAAAAGUAACUGGAUCUGCGGAUGCAUCUAUUUUAGAUUUUCGCCUUGCAAUGGAAUUAAAUCCUCAAGUUCUGGGACCAGAUUGGCCUAUACAACUUGAGAAGAUUUGCAUACGUGCCUCUGAAGAUUGAAUCCGCCUAUGUUACUGUUGGCCAUAUAUUAACUGCUAGUUGAAAUCUAAAGGCGGAGUUGGUAAUCUGCAAUUGCUGAAAGCUUGGAAUGCGGAAGCGUUUACUUUAGCUGACUUAAAUUUGGAUUUUUGUCUUCUCCCGAAGCUCCACAAUUUACCAAAACAAUAAACAACAGGAUUUUAGAUUUAAAGAUUGCUGCUUAUUGCUAGGGAGUGAGUCAUGUUAAUAUAGAAAAUAUGUGAACUUCUAGAUAGGAUUAAGAAGUUCAUUGUUUCAUACUUUCAAGAGGGUCCUAUUCUUCGUGGUAUCCCGUUCUUAUUCUUGUUUCUCUCUUCAUCUCUUCUCAGUUGUACCUGUUUUAGUUCAACAAUUCUUCAUUGAAAUAUAACUGUUGCAUUCUGAGUUCUAAA